UUCUCCUCUGUUCUUCCUCGACCCUUUUCUCUCAUCGGAUUUAAAGAUGAUAAGCGGAGAUGAUUUCUAUAAGGUGAUGUGCGCCAUGGUUCCCCUCUACUUUGCGAUGUUGAUAGCCUACGCAUCCGUGAAAUGGUGGAAGUUAUUCACUCCCGAGCAAUGCUCCGGCAUCAACCGCUUCGUCGCCACCUUCGCUGUCCCUGUCCUCUCCUUCCAUUUCAUUUCUCAGAACAACCCAUAUCAGAUGGACACCAAGUUCAUACUCGCCGAUACUCUUUCUAAGAUCAUAGUUCUUCUCCUUCUCUCCUUGUGGGCCAUCUUCUCCACUGCAGGAGGUCUGGAUUGGUUAAUCACUAUCUUCUCCCUUGCAACAUUACCCAACACCCUCGUCAUGGGCAUUCCUUUGCUUGAUGCUAUGUAUGGAGAAUUCACUCAGUCUCUCAUGGUCCAAAUCGUUGUUCUCCAAUGCAUCAUCUGGUAUACGCUAUUGCUUUUCCUGUUUGAGUACAGAGCAGCUACGUUACUGAUCCGAGACCAGUUUCCGGGAACCACAGCGGCCGCGAUAACAAAGAUUGAGAUAGACGGCGAUGUGAUCUCGCUAGAUGGGCGGGACCCGUUAAAAGCGGAAUCUGAAAUGGACGGUAAAGGGCACAUCCAUGUCCGUAUCCGAAGGUCUACAUCGUCGGCUCCGGACUCGGGCAUGUCAUCGUCGUUCGCGAUGACUCCACGUGCGUCCAAUCUAUCAGGGGCGGAGAUAUACUCUGUCAAUACUCCGGUGCGGCCGCAUGAGUUUAACCAUGCCAACGGUGAUAUGGUGUUCGGCUACCGGGCUGGGAGUCCCAGGCUGUCUGGGUAUGCUUCGUCGGAUGCGUAUUCGUUGCAACCGACGCCUCGGGCGUCUAACUUCAAUGAGUUGGAUACAACUACCGUGACGACAGCGAAUACGCCUACCUGGAUAAGGUCUCCGGUGGGUAGUGGGAAGGUUUACGGGAAUCAUACGCCGGGAAUCUCGGUGGUGAACGUGAAAAUGGCGUGGGAGUCUCCCGGAAAAUUUCAGGGUGGUAGUAGAGGUGGUAGUGGCAGUGGUGGUGGAGGAGAGAGACAAGGGUGCAAAGAUGUUAAUGGGCUAGCUCUUGGAGAGAAAGAUCUAAGCUUCAGAAACAACACAAAAUUAUCUGGGACAGAGGAUGGAGAUUCAAAGUCUUUUGAAGAAGCGAAUCAGAAGAUGCCACAUGCCCUUGUCAUGGUCAAGCUCAUAUUGGUUAUGGUGGGCCGGAAGCUCUCCCGCAAUCCCAAUACUUAUUCCAGCAUCUUAGGCCUCCUCUGGUCUUUAAUUUCCUUCAAGUGGAAUGUGGGCAUGCCUAAUUUGGUAAAAUACUCAAUAAAGAUAAUUUCAGAUGCAGGGCUUGGGAUGGCUAUGUUCAGUCUAGGUUUGUUCAUGGCUCUUCAACCUAGGAUCAUUGCCUGUGGCACAAAAAUGGCGAUGAUCGGAAUGGCAAUUCGAUUCUUAAGUGGACCAAUCUUAAUGGCGGCCGCAUCGUUAGCCAUUGGAUUAAGAGGUAUCAGAUUGCAUGCUGCCAUAGUUCAGGCUGCUCUUCCACAAGGAAUUGUACCUUUUGUCUUCGCAAGGGAAUAUGGGUUGCAUGCUGACUUACUUAGCACCGGGGUUAUCUUUGGCAUGCUAGUCUCCUUACCCGUAACUCUACUCUACUACAUAUUGCUUGGCCUAUGAAAUAGAUAAAGAGAUCAGGUACACAAGUAUUGAAUAAGGCAUGUGGGAUCAACCUAAAGUGUAAUAGAUGUGUACUUGUUGGUCCCAUUUGGUGAUAGAUUUCAUCUCUGAUGACAAGCAAAGGUUUCCUGUUCUUGUCAAUUUUAUCCAACAUCUCACAUGUUGGAUUACAGGCACCAUUAUCAUCCAUCAUUGAUGCUCA